GUCGAUAACUGUGCUGCUUCCGUCUAAUUUUAUUUCCUUUUUGUCGUGCGCUUUGUUGGAAGAGUUUAUUCCAGGUGUGAAAAUGGGCCGACGACCAGCAAGAUGCUACCGCUAUUGCAAAAAUAAGCCGUAUCCCAAAUCACGAUUUUGUCGUGGUGUUCCUGAUCCCAAGAUUCGUAUAUUCGAUUUGGGGAGGAAAAAGGCUACUGUCGAAGAUUUUCCUCUUUGCGUUCACUUAGUUUCCGAUGAAUAUGAACAGCUAAGCAGUGAAGCUUUGGAAGCUGGGCGUAUUUGUUGCAACAAGUAUUUGGUUAAAUACUGUGGUAAGGACCAGUUUCAUAUCAGAAUGCGACUGCAUCCAUUCCACGUCAUUCGGAUCAAUAAAAUGUUGUCGUGCGCUGGAGCUGAUAGGCUUCAAACUGGAAUGAGAGGAGCGUUUGGCAAGCCACAGGGCACUGUUGCUAGAGUUCGUAUUGGUCAACCCAUUAUGUCGGUCCGUUCAAGCGAUCGUUAUAAGGCUCAAGUUAUUGAAGCCUUGCGACGUGCGAAAUUCAAGUUCCCCGGACGUCAGAAGAUUUAUGUUUCCAAGAAGUGGGGUUUCACCAAGUACGAACGUGAGCGCUAUGAGGAACUCCGCGAUGAUAAUCGCCUUGAGCCUGAUGGCUGCAAUGUAAAAUAUCGUCCUGAGCAUGGUCCAAUAGCCGCUUGGGAAAAAACUCAGCGCGAUGUUUAUGCUUAAUUGUACAUUUAACUGAAAUUUUGCAUAAAAUUAUGUAAUUUGAAAACAAUAUAUAUAAACCAUGCCUGAGUGAA